AUCAACUCCACCCUGAUGUUUUGUUUGUCAUGAGCACUAGUUUCAAAAUGAGCUGGACCUGUACUAAAUAUAGAUGAUGUUUAUUUUUAAAUUGAAUGCCUCUCGGAGGUUCUAGAUUGUUCUUUUAAGUUUUUUAAUGCGGCGUGGACAAGAGGCAAGUUUAUUCUCGUAUUAUAUACUGAAGUAAUAAGACAAUACAGAAAUGGAAACUGGCGUUAUUACUGAAGGAGUGGAGUAUAUGACUCUUAAGGAAGAAGGUAACAAAGCCUUCAAGGAUAAUAAAUGGGAGGAAGCGUUGAAGCACUACAAUUCGGCCUUAAAACACGUGCCGGAUUUUUCCACAGAGAAAGCCGUCAUCUUGAAGAACCGUGCAGCUGUUUAUUUGAAACUCGGCCAGUUCAACAACGCUGUCGAGAGCUGCACCAGUUCCCUGGAUAUCGUCCCUGACGACCCGAAAGCACUUUUCAGGAGGUGCCAGGCGUUGGAAAGCUUGGAGAGGUUCGAGGAGGCGUACAGGGAUGCGAGGAUGGUGCAUAAGGUCGACCCGACCAACAAAUCGAUCCAACCAUUUCUAACCAGGUUGCACAGCAUCGUAGAAGAACGGAAUACGCAGAAUAUUCAACUGGAGAACAAGGUGCAACAGAUGUUUCGAUAUGUAUUUGACAUUGCCGCAGAUAAAGAUAAGCGAAUCAAAGCUGUCUCAAAUUUAGUUGUCCUCAGUAAGGAAGCGAGUGGGUGUAAAGCUUUGCUUUCAGCAGGUGUGGUGGAAAAAAUCUGCCAACUACUUAAGGUUGAAAAAUUAGAGGAGAUCAUCUUGGGUUGUAUCCGGACUGUUGGCCAAAUCUGCAAGCAGGAUGCACCGAAUACAAAACGAGUCAUCUCGGUUUUGGGUAUACCCUGGUUUCUCGAUAUGAUCAAUAAUAGAAACGAAGAGCAUGUGAAUGCAGCGCAAUAUUGCGUACAAGCUAUCAUAUGCAGUCUUACAGGUAUUGGCAUGACCAAGGACAAAAAACCCGAUCCUGAAUUACUUCAAGAAUAUAAAACAGAGAUUGAUACCUUGUUGACUUGUCUUUUAUAUGGUUGCACUAGCAGAUCAAUUACCGGUAUUGCUAGAGAUGCAAUCAUCCAGUUGAUUUCGAGGAAUGUGCAUUAUAAAGCAAUUAAUUGGGCAGAAGAGCUUGUCAAGAUUAAAGGGUUGCAGAGAUUGAUGGAAGUCGCCAGUGAACUGCAGGAAUUCAAGUAUGAAUCAGCGAUGGAAAUUACAGAAUCGACGAGAUAUUUGACUUCGGUAUGUCUAGCGAGGAUAUAUGAAAAUAUGUAUUAUGAUGAAGCAAGAGCCAGAUUUUUAGAAAAUAUAGAAGAUUUCGUUAAGUCGAAACUGAUCACACCAGAGAUCGAAUCAAAAGUACGGGUAGUAGCAGCACUGACGACGUUACUUCUUGGAGCUUUAGAUGUAGGCAACACGAUCAUUUCAAAAGACGGUAUGUUGCAAAUGAUUUUGGUAAUGGCUGGAACUGAUGAUGUCUUGCAACAGAAAGUCGCCUGUGAAUGUAUUAUUGCAGCUGCGACUAAAAAAGACAAAGUAAAAUCAAUAAUAUCCCAAGGGGUUAACAUUUUGAAACAAUUGUAUCACUCGAAGGACGACGGCAUCAGAGUGAGGGCGUUGGUCGGUUUGUGUAAGCUUGGCAGUUCAGGAGGAACAGAUGCUUCCAUCAGGCCCUUCGCAGACGGUGCAACUUCAAGACUUGCUGAUGCGUGCAAGAAGUUUUUGAUAAACCCUUCUAAAGAUAAAGAUUUGAGAAGAUGGGCUGCUGAUGGCCUUUCAUAUCUAACUCUUGAUGCUGAUGUGAAAGAAAAACUGGUGAAUGACAAAGCAGCAUUGAAAGCAUUGUUUGAAUUGGCUAGAUCCGGAAACCAAGCGGCUGUGUUCGGUGUUGUCACAACAUUUGUAAAUCUCGUCAAUGCAUAUGACAAGCAAGAGAUUUUGCCUGAGUUAAUUGAAAUGGCUAAGUUUGCAAAACAUCACAUACCGGAGGAUCAUGAACUCGAUGAUCCUGACUUUGUAGCACAACGCUGCACAUGUCUUGUACAUGAGGGCAUUGUUUCAGCGCUAGUUGCUCUUGUGAAGGCUGAGAGUCAAAACUGUAGAGAAAUGAUUGCCAGGGUUUUCUGUACUUUGGCUUCACAGCAAGAACUCAGAGGUAUUAUAGUCCAACAAGGAGGAGUAAAAGCUUUAUUGCAAUUGACACACGACGGAACUGACAAAGGAAUGAAACAAGCCGCCCAAGCUUUAGCUAGGGUCGGUAUAACUUUAGACCCUUCUGUCGCUUUUUCAGGUCAGCGGAACAUGGAAGUUAUUAAACCUUUACUAUCCCUGUUGCAGCCUGACUGCAAUGCCCUUGAAAAUUUUGAAGCUUUACUAGCCCUGUGCAAUCUUGCCAGCAUGAACGAAGCAGUUAGAAACCACAUUAUAAAAGAGGGUGGCAUUUCUAAAAUAGAAGCAAUGAUGUACGAAGAACAUGAAAUGAUCAGGAGAGCUGCUACACAAGUCAUGACGAAUAUGAUGACUUCUGAAAAAGUUAUAAAACUAUAUGAGGGUGAAAACGACAGAACAAAGUUCAUGUUCUUGCUUUGCGGUGAAGAGGAUGAAGAGACUAUGAAAGCUGCUGCAGGCGCAAUGGCAAUUUUGACCUCUGCAAGUGAAAUAUGCUGUAAAAAAAUAAUACAAGUACAAAGUUGGCUAGAAACCUUACAUAUGAUUCUAGCACAUGAGAAUGUUGAAAUUCAACACAGGGCUGUUGUCAUUGUAAAUAACAUGAUUUCGUGUGAUAGAGAAUUGGCAGAGAAAGUCAUAGAAACAGAUAUUAUGGAGAUUCUUAUGGCUUUCACGGUCCUCGAUGACGACUCAAGAGCCAUUUUAAAACAAGUCUCACAAGAAGGUCUUAAUGCAGCCAAAAAGUGGAAUAUAAUCAAGCCUGUAGAAGAAGCAGAAAAUGAGUAAAUUUGUGUGCUUCCAUGGCUACCUGAUUUUAUAUUUAUAACAAUGUUAUAUAAUCUUGUAAUUAUAACUUUUAAAUUGUUAAAUCUUGAAGAUUUUGUACACAUGUAUUUUUAAAUAAACUAUUUAUUAACAGUAAA